ACCGCGAUGACUGCCUUCGGGAGGGCGUGUCUCGUGCGUAAAACGGUCGUGCUCGUGCUCACCGCGUUACUAUUCUCCGCUUUCCCUGUGUACACUGCAGACUCGGAGAGGGCCUGGAAUGGAUUCGUGACGCCUGGUUCGACCGACCCAACAGCGUUUGUGCCCUACUACGUCCCUCCAGGCGCUCGGAGCUACGAUUCGUCGUCUCCGUUUCUUCACUACUCGGGGAGAUGGAAAGACGCGUACUCAUCCGCGUACGUCCAGAACACAUUGCGGUCUACCUCCGAACCAGGCGCGUCUAUGACCUUCAGCUUCACUGGUACCGGGAUCGAGUGGUUCGGCAAUCAGGACGCAAGACACGGUAUUGCGCAAGUGUACAUCGAUGGCAGGAAGAUGCAGGACGUCGACACGUGGAGCUCCAAGUCCAGGAAGCAGCAGCGCAUCUACUGGAACUUUGACUUGUAUCCUGGCAGGCAUACCAUCAAGAUCGUCAAUGCUGGGCAGAAGAACGUCGACGCGACCGGCACACUAGUAGACAUCGAUGCUCUCGUUGUGGUUGCUGGCCCCCCGCCUGAGGAUUCUUCGGGUGCGGAAUACUUGGACACUGCCGCCCAGCCAAUCCCAGACUACCCACCGCUCUUUGACUUCGUAUCUGAACCUGAUCUCGAUAAGGAGUGGACUUUGGCACAAACUGGGCAUACCGGUGUCUCGGCCAUGCAGCUCUCAAUCAUCUCCGAGUCUCACGCGCUCAUUGUGGACAAGGUAGAACACAACCCUCUGACCAUCGACGGCCAUCCUGCAUGGGCUGCUCUCUACAAUCUCAAGACGCAUUCUGUGACACCUCUGGCUGUGGAAUCUAACUCUUUCUGUGCUGGCGGCACCUUUCUCAGCAACGGCACUCUCAUCAAUGUCGGCGGAAACCCUGUCGUUGAAGACCACACCUCUGCCGCUGAUUUUGGUGAUCUGGACGGGCUACAAGCCAUACGUGUCUUGGACCCAUGUGAGUCCGACGACGUCUCUGGCUGCGGGCUCUACGAGAACCAUGCUCGCAUUCGGUUGGCUAGUCCUCGCUGGUACACCACUGUACUCCGUAUCGCAGACGGAAGCGCGAUGAUCAUAGGUGGCUCGCGCAAGGGUGGCUGGAUCAACAACGUCACGGUCAACAAUCCUACGGUGGAGUAUUGGCCUUCCAAGACCAUCGCUGGCUCGCGUGGAAUGCCCAUACACCUCCCGUUCUUGGAAGACACUGUCGGGGCGAACCUCUUCCCGAUCGCGUUCUCGCUGCCAGAUGGGACAGUGUUCAUGGCCGCCAACCAGGACGCAAUGAUCUACGACUGGAAGGAGAACACCGAGCGUCGGCUGCCACGCCUCCCAAACGGCGUGCGCGUCACCUACCCAAUGGCCGGCACCGCCGUCCUUCUUCCACUCGCGCCCGAGACGGGGUACGCUCCUGAAGUCCUCAUUUGCGGUGGCUCGACGUUGGACGACACGCAGCCAGGUUACACGAUCACCUCGCAAGACCCUGCCUCAACGCAGUGUGUACGCAUGCUUCUGACCGAGGCGGGCAUCGUCGCUGGCUGGGUCAUCGAGUAUAUGCCGGAGGCUCGCCACAUGCCCGACGCGGUCCUCCUUCCCACAGGCGACGUGCUCAUCGUCAACGGCGCUGGCUCCGGUAUCUCUGGCUAUGGCAACGUCGUCGGCCAAAUCGGUGCGUCGAACGCGGACAACCCCGUCCUCACGCCUGUGCUGUACCAUCCCGCCGCUCCGCUUGGCCAGCGGUUCUCUCAGGAGGGCAUGCCGACGAGCGACAUACCGAGGAUGUACCACUCUGUGGCAACGCUUACGCCUAGCGGGGAGGUCAUGAUCGCGGGGAGCAACCCGAAUCUCGACCGGAGCGAAAUCGAGUACGGGACGGAAUAUCGUGUCGAGUGGCUGGGUCCGCCUUACGUGACCAAAGCGAGACCUGAGAUCGUCGAGAAGCCGGAGAUCAUUGGAUAUGAUGAAGUCGUGUCGUUCAACGUCGCGAUCCCGGACAGCUCGUCCCACAGUGCAGACAUCAAGGUGGCACUCAUGGAUCUUGGCUUUGUGACGCAUACUGUUCACGCCAACUCUCGGCUGGUGUACCUCACAUCGUCCUUGUCUGAGGAUGGGCAGACGAUCACGGUGGCUGGUCCUCCGGAUGGCGGUGUAUAUCCUCCUGGCCCCGGCUUUUUGUACCUCGUCGUGGACGGUAUCCCGAGUGUCGGCGCGAAGGUCAUGAUCGGCGAUGGAGAAGAUCCACCGUUUGACGAAGGCGCACUUGCCAAGUAAGUUGUGUCCCACUACCCUAUAUGCUUGCUGACGGGCCAUUACAGUAUGCUCGCUGCGACGGAGGUCGAUCAGUACGAGAAGAGCAAAAUGAAGGGCAAAGGCAAGCACAAGACCUCGAAACCGCACUCCGC